AUGAAUUCCCUUGAAUAUCUUGAUCUCUCUAGGAAUGCACUUGAUGGUGAGAUUCCGGAUGCAAUUGGAGACAUGGGUUCACUUGCAUACCUUGAUCUUUCUGACAAUCAACUACGGGGCUCAAUUCCAGAUACAGUUGGGAAGAUGGUUUUACUUUCACAUCUUGAUUUCUCUAGCAAUCAACUGCAGGGCUCAAUUCUAGAUAUAGUUUGGAAGAUGGUUUUACUUUCACAUCUUGAUUUCUUUGGCAAUCAACGUAGGGCUCAAUUCCAGGGCUCAAUUCCAGAUAUAGUUGGGAAGAAGGUUUUAAUUUCACAUUUUCAUCUCUCUUGCAAUCAACUGCAGGGCUCAAUUCCAGAUACAGUUGGGAACAUGGUUUCUCUUGAAAAACUCUCUCUCUGA